CACUGUCCUUUUUAAAUAGCGCGCGAAACGUUUCAUUCGUCGCUUUUUUAUCCUGUUCCUAUUCGAAACCCCAUUAUAUCAGAUUCUGGUCCCGAUUAUCAGAUUGUCUUAACCUCACGUUUUUUAUUUUCUAUUUUUGUUGAUUGCUUUCGUUACUAAGUGCGAAUGCGAUGUGUCUGUAGGAACUGUUUUCUUCCAAUUAAUUCUUAUUCCUUCAAUCUACCUACCAUCUAUUGACGAUGGCUAACUUAGAUGUUAGUGAGCUUGGUAUAUCGAAGAAUUUACUCCAAAUGAAUUUUAUGCGACGAACUCUCGUAGCCAAGGAGAAGGCUACUAAUCAAAGUGCCCCAGACAUCCUUCCUAAUUCACAAGAGUAUGGAUUUAAACUCCCUUCUUCUGUAGAAAAGCAUAUCAACAAAAGAGCUACCAUCCUUAAGUCGAAAUAUCGUUAUCAGUUUGUUAAAAGUAUUUUUAAGCUCUACAAUGUAUCACCUGGGUUUCGAGAAAGUUUCGGCGGCUUUAAUUCUCCUACUAACGCCGACGCCAUUCCUCAAUCUCUGGUUAAUAACUUACUCGAUUCUCGUUUGCCCAAUCGAGACAACUCAGUUUGUGAAUAUUCGCAAUCAUUUGAAGGCCGGGCAUCAAAAACAAGUAUCCGUUUCAAAAGAUUUGAAGAACACAAACCAUCGAAGUUCAAAAACCCAAAACAUCGAAGAGAAAAGAAGAAAAAGCUGUAAUUGAAAAUUAUUUGCCUUAUGUACGAAAGUAUUCAAAUAGUUUUGUGUUUUGUUCUAA